AUGAAGGACGGUGCCGACCUAAGUUUCGAUGCGGAGACGGUUGCGGGUGGCGGCGGGCUGUCCGGUGCAGAUCUAUUUGCGGCGGGAGUUGGAGGAGUCGGUCGGCGUGGGUUGCGUGGAGGGUUUGGAGCAGCAUACAGUAUGGAUGAUUUUGAAGCAAGGUUUGGACUGAUAUGCAGAGUAGGUCUUUUGGCUAUUGUUUUGACAUUUUGUGGGGUCUAUUUUGAAGCAAUUAUGUUUGGAUGUGAAGCAUGGCAAAGUGGAAAAAGCAGCAAGGAAAAGCUACAAGCUCAAAACCUGGUUUCAUAUAGCUUUAGGAGUUAG